AUGAGCUAUAUCUUCAAUGAUCAAACCCACGGCGCGGAAAUCACCCAUCUGUUCCCGGAUCGGGUGCAGGGAAAGACAUUCAUUCUAGCAGGUCUAAAAAGAGGAGCCUUAGCCGCUGCAACAGCAGAUGCCCUCGCGGCCGCCGGCGCAGGCGUAAUAAUCUGCACUGGCCACUGCCAAAAAGAACUUCAACCCGUUAUCGACCACAUCCACCGCAAAUACAGGAACGUAAAGAUGGUAUUCAUAACCGCGGACACUAGUAGUAUCAGCUCAUUUCAGGAAGCGGGUCAUACUGUUAAGAGAAUGGGUGUACCGAUUAAUGGAUUUAUAGGGUUUCCUUCUGUGAUGGCUGUUGAGUGGGAAAAAACGAGGGAUGGGUUUGAGUCGCAUUUCCAACGGAAUUAUCUUUGUUAUUUCCUAUUUAUUAAGUUGAUUUCUGACUGUAUGGCGCCUAGGUCAAGGGUCGUUCUUGUGACGUCUAGUGUGCGUACUGACGUACGCGCACCAACGUGGGUUGAUAUUGGGUUUUCAAAUGGAGAGGACUAUCAUUGUCUUGAUGGGUACUCGCAAGCCUCGCUGGCGAAUAUCCUAUUUGCCAAAUCUCUCUCGAAUAUAUACCGGGAUCGGUCUAUUGCCGCAUUCUCGGCAAAUCCUGGCAAUACCAAAACCAAUAUCCAGACCUAUGUCACGAAGGAUCAGAUAAACACAUGGCUGGAGCGGAAGAAAAUAGCGGGGGAAGAGAUUCCGAUGUUUCUGCAGCAGGCGCCAAAGUCUCUUGCUCAGGGUAGUGCUAUCGUGUUACGGGGAUUACUCGACCCGGGCUUAGAAGAUCAGCCUGGAGCUUUCUUGAAUGACUGCCAGGUGCAUAAUCUACCGCAUCUCGAUUUCCCGGCUGGUGAAGAAAGCGCCAUGACGUUAUGGAGGCGCAGCGAAGAAUAUCUCGAGGCUUUCUUGUGUUAA